CAGUGCUCGUUGCGUGUUUUAUUGGCUGUGGAAUAAAGUCAUUCCGUAUGACAAUGGUUUCUGUGCUUAAGUACGGAUACAACAAUAAGGAAGAACGAAGUGAAGGAUGCCACGUGCGCUCUUGGUGCUUUGAGAGACAGAGGAAGAAGAUUUCUGCAGCUGUCUGUCUUGGAACCAUCAUGCGCCAAAUACAAUCUGAAAUCGCCGAUGAAGCGAAGAAAGGUCACCACCCACGAUACGACGAAGGAACAUACAAGAAGAUGCUUCUUUUGCUCAUCCCACCGGUUUUGAUACUGGUGUGUCUGACGGUAGCUGCAGUGAUCGCCACUUUCAAUAGCGGCGCCAACGAAAAUGACAACAUUGAAGCUACGGACGCCGCUGCUAUUGUUGAGGCGACAAUUACGUCCCCUGAGACCAGAAGCACACCAGCGACACAAAUCGCCGCCGACGCAUGCACUACAAGAAGGCAAAUGUCAGAGCGCUCUACGAGCGUCUCCGCGCCUACAUCAAGACGAGGGGCGGCAACGACCAUACUUGCUACGGUUGCCAACGAAUUACCGAAAGCGCGGAGGACUGUAAGGCCAACACUAAGGGAGAUUCAAACGGUGAUGUUGGAAAGAACAACGCGGUUGCCAGCGACAGCAACUGAAAUGCGCCUGAGAACAAAGGGGAGAAGGGUGACAACGACAAAGGCGAUUCCAACAUCAACUAUGUUAACAAGAAAGCCGUUGAGAACUACGGAAAGACCCACACUACCACGUACGACACUAACAGCGAUGCAAGUCAAACAGGAUGUGCAAAGCCCAGCAGUCGUGCGGCUUCUUCCGAGGGUGGGCAAUGUUCGACGUGCAAAGGGAGGAGGUCCACAACACGCGUCAAGACACCAAGUUCCAGAAAGGCUACACACUCCUCCAUUACGUAAAGCAGAACAUGGGUAGCUGACUGAGAGGUUGCUGAACGAAAUACUUCAAGAUGUUCUCGAUAAAACCUACUUGCCCAACA